GCGCAGACGCAGACGCAGACGCAGAGGCAGACGCAGCCGCGCGGUCAUGGCAGCGGUCAGGGCGCUGGGGGCGUCCAGGCUCCGGGCGGCCUCCGCGUUCGCCCCGCGUGCGGCCUUCCACGGCUCCGCGCCGCGCCCGAGGGCCAGGGUCGCGCUGGUGCUGUCGGGAUGCGGGGUCUACGACGGGACCGAGCUCCAGGAGGCCGCAGCGGUGCUGGUUCACUUGAGUCGUGGCGAGGCCGAGGUGCAGACCUUUGCUCCUGACAUCCCUCAGAUGCACGUGGUUGACCACACCAAGGGGCAGCCUUCUGAGAGCGAAAGCAGGAACGUCCUGACAGAGUCCGCAAGGAUCACCCGGGGCAAGAUCACCGAUCUGGCCAGGCUCAGCGCAGCCAAUCACGACGCUGCCAUCUUCCCUGGAGGUUUUGGAGCCGCCAAAAACCUGAGCACAUUCGCCAUUGACGGGAAAGACUGCAGAGUCCACGAGGAUGUGGAGAGGGUCCUGAAGGAGUUCCACAAGGCCGGCAAGCCCAUCGGCUUGUGCUGCAUCGCUUCUGUCCUCGCAGCCAAAGUGCUCCAUGGCGUUGAGGUCACCGUGGGCCACGAGCAAGAGGAAGGUGGCAAGUGGCCGUAUGCGGGGACUGUGGAAGCCAUCAAAGCCCUGGGCGCCAAGCAUUGUGUGAAGGAAGUGACCAUAUCCUUUCUGGCAGCCAGGGUGGCGGGUGGUGACAGGACCCCCCUCUGGGCCUGGGGGACUGCGCUGCUGGGGGCGUCUGGGAGCACGUGCAUCACAGGUGUAGCACCCGUCCCCUGGCCGCGUUUCUAAGUCGGCCGGACGUUGCUGCCCCGGCCCAGAGCUCUGCUGGGCUGCCUGGUCGGGUGAGCAGACGGCCUCAGGCUUGAUGGGGCGACACUGCACCCCCGGGGGAUGCAGGCUGCAGGUGGAAGAAGCACGGGGGCCUGCCUGGCUUUGCUGGAAGCGCUCUGGGCGGUGGGGAUGGGCAGGCAGCCCAGGCGCUCUUCCUCCUGCAGGGGACUCAGGCUGAGCACAUUCCAGGUCCACACCUGGAUCCAGACUCCAUGUGGACCAGAGUCCGGGAACAGAGCUGCACAGCGUCCCAGAAGGUGCUGGAGACGACAGGGUGACCCCUGGGUGUCUGCCUUUCCUUGCAGGCGGUUUAAGUGUCUCCCUGCUGUGCAGAGUGGCCAGCAGAGCCGGCGGCUGCCUGGGUAGAGCUGGCCGCAGGGCCUUUGCACCGAGUCCAGUGUGUUCGCUGGGGCGGAGCGAGGGCCAGGCCUGUCACUGCCUGGUGUUGGUGUGACCAGGACAAGAGUGCAGCCAUGUAGGAAGGGCCCCAGUUGGACUGGCCUCUUGCUGCGGGCACUCGGACGAGCUGUCUGUUAUAGUUUCUUAGUGGGAAGACCAGAGGUGCUUCUGCUGCGUCCGGGGUUGCUGUGGGGCAGCCCAGGUGUGGGGGUGUGUCCAGUCCCUGGGCUGUGCCGCCCUGGGGUAUCUUGUGAAGCCAGCACCCUGCUCGGGCGCUCCUCUCCUCCUCGUGGGUGUGUGCUCCGCUCACGGAGCGCAGGCGGUGCAGGCUGUGCAGGCUGCGGGUCGGUGCGGGUCGUGGGCCCUGUGGGCAGAGGCAGCAGGAGGAGGAGCCCUCGGGGUGGAGGCAGGGGGGAGGGGGGCUUCACGCCUGCACACCCCCUGGUCCUUGCUGGGUGAGCUGCUUCCAUAACUUCUGUGCACGAAGCCCACGUGGACAAGAAAAACAAGGUGGUCACGACCCCGGCCUUCAUGUGCGAGACGGAGCUUCACCACGUCCACGACGGCAUCGGGGCCAUGGUGAAGAAGGUGCUGGAACUCUGCGCCAAGUGACGCGGCCGCAGCCCUGCCUCCUCCAGCAGGGGGAGCUGCUGGCCUGUUUUCCUCCGCUGCUGCUUGCUUGGGGCAGGAAUUCCCUGUCCUGUCUGUAGCUUUGUCCGUAGCUGUGUCCCGCCUGAAGAGGCGUCCUUGGGGUGGGGCUGGAUCGGAGUGCACGUUCCGUCCCCGUGGCAGAGGCUGGACUCCUGUGUGACCCGAGAUCGAAGUGGGGCCUGCUUUUCCAGGGAGAGAAUCGGGACUGACGUCACCCUGCUCUCACGUUUGACCGGCUUAGGGUACUUGGUGUUGGGGGAAGAGUUUCUGUAAGUUCACGAACUUGUCAUUAGGAAAUCCAAGUGUCACUUAUCGAUAAUUGGAAGCUAUCUAAUGUGUGAUAAACAUGCACUAAAAUGACGAGGGGGCUGCAUUUGAGGCAGAGAGGGCGACCGCGUGCGGCGCCUUCUGAUGCUGGCACGUGAGGGGCGCUAGCGAGGGUUCCUGCCCCCCAGGAAAGAGGGAGGUCACGGAGGCCCUGCCGGGUGGCCCCAGGCCACGAGCAGCGGCCCACCUGAGGUGUACGAAAAAGAACCAAUAAAGCGUCUGGCAGCACCACCA